CGCUACCUUGAGCUAUUAUUCUUGACACAACGCAACGAUUCGGCACAAUUGUGAUUAGGUUCACCGGGAUCUUGGAGGACAGCCCUGUACAUGCCCUCCAGAACUCCUCGAGCCUGUGGCUGGACAACGAAGUGUGUUUCAGAGAGCCAGGACAGAAGAAUGAGAGGGGUCAAAUCGACGUAGCUUGAGCAGUAGAUCAGCACGAUUUCUUUGCAGUUUUCAUCUCAAGUCAGAUUUGCUUCGCUUUUCACACCCGCUAGUUCUAUAAAUACCCAACCUAUCACAGUAAGUGUGGCAACUCUUUGUUCGACGAUGUCGAAGAUUGAUACUGACCAAUAUUCCAGGGCAAGAGUCCUCAUUUAGGACACAUGCUGUUCACACCCGAGGGGCCGAGAGCGCUACCGCUGCUGUUCAUGCUGCCCGAUGACGAUUCCGCACAUCUAUUCUCAGGCUCCUCGGGCCCUCUUGCACCACUCCCAGAGUGCUCGCACCUGACGAGCUUUGAUCUCAUACCAUCUAGCCCUCCGCCCACUGUCUCGCUCGGUCUUGAAGCAUCCUACUACCUGCAGGCUCUUCAAGAUAAUUUUGAAGAUGUUCGACAUGAUGCAAGUACGCAAUGCCUUGUCGGAUCUGCGGACACUGGAAAGGGUAAAGAACAGGAGCAUUACCCCACUUUCAACGGUCUAGUUGCGAGGAUGCGGGAAUCUCUCGAUACUCUGAAGGCAGCAUCAGACCUGCAAACAAUUGCCUGCGACAUUGCAAGGUUUGCACUCGAUGAGUGCGACGAGUCUUUUAAAGAUGUUUUUGUCCAUUGCGAAACAAUGGAUAAAAACAAAACCUCCGAGUAUUACACACAGGGUCAGGAAGAACAUCUUCAACAAUACCUAUAUACAGAUGUUGCCCUGUCUUGCUGGGAAACUGGUCCUCAGUUUUCCUAUCACACGUGCGACCCAAGCACGGUCGGCCUCACCUAUUUCCAAGGUGGUUCCUUGGCAAUUCCUCAUCGCAAGCACGACCCGAUUGUGAACCAGCGUUCUCGACAACGGUACACUUCGUGGUUUGUCAAUGACAUACCCAGCAAAGUCUUGACGCCGGAACGGCCGAAUUCACCCCAGGUUCGAUUCAGGAAAGUCGAGGACCUGGUAACAACAGAUCAUGAGUUAGCAUGGGAGACGGGGAUACCGGCAGAUUCGUUACUGUUUUCCGUCGUUUAAGUUCAAUUUACACUUCG